CAACUUACUCAUACUAUUAUACAAGCAAAUACUAUAUAUAGAUAUCUAUAGUAUUUGAUACAAGUACCGAUACGACUUUAUUUUUUAGAAGGUACAAUAUUAUAGUAGUCGUGAUAGCAAUAGUAAUGGUAAAAUUAUUGUACGAUUGUUCUAGGCCUACGAGCAGCAGCUCUAGUCCACGGGUGAUAGCAUAACCACAUAACAUACAUAACUAUUGUACAUAAUAUCAACUAAUCAACUAUCAUUUACUGAUUACUAUUUAAUUUAUUAUUUAGUAUUUUAGUUCUUAAUAUUUUAUUGUUUUUAUAUAAUCAUAAUAAAUUGCGGUGCAAGUGAAUAGAUAAUAAUAUACAAUUCUCUAUUCUAAAGAAUCAGUACAUUUAUAAAAUAUCUAGGCUUCUUAAUGUCAAAUAGACAUGAUUUAUUCUUUUAUUUGAUUCAAAGAAAUUAAAAUAGUUUUCACAAUGUUAUUAGUCUUCUGACGUUUUAUCGCCGAAUUAGAUCAUUAUUAAACCAUCAACGGAAUCUACUUAUUGCUUGAACAUCAUUUGUUAUUGUCUUAUCCACAUUCCUUUACAAGAUGUUUAAAUUCAAUACGUCUAGCAAACAUAAUACUAACAACCCAACUGAUAAGGAUCUCAAGGAAGAAGGUAAUCGCUUAUUCAGUUACAAACAGUAUGAAAAAGCCAUUGAAUGUUACAAUAAAGCGAUUAUUAAAAACCCUGUUAUACCCAUAUACUUUACAAAUAGAGCUUUAUGUUUCUUAAAAUUAAAACAAUGGGACAAAGCAUGUACAGAUUGUCGACGUGCUUUAGAAAUGGACUUCGGUUUCAUAAAGGGUUGUUUUUUUUUGGGUAUUGCGCUUAUUGAGUUGGGAAGUUAUGAUGAAGCAAUAAAACAAUUACAAAGAGCACAUAAUUUAGCAAAAGAAAAAAAAGUCAACUAUGGUGAUGAUAUUACAAGUCAACUUAGAAGAGCUCGUAGACUGAAAUGGGAGAAACAAGAAGAAGUGAGACAGAAUCAAGAAAUAGAACUUUUGUCAUACCUGACAAAACUAAUGGAUGAUGAUUUGGCUCGUAAAGUCAGUGAAAUUAAAAAACCAUCAGGUGAUGAAAACGAAAUGGAAGAUUACGAUAACGAUGUUAUGGAAAUUAAAAACCAAAGUGAAAGAUAUUCUGCUGAACUGCAUACUAUAUUUUCCAAGAAUGAUGACAGACGGAAGAAACGUGAAGUACCAGACUAUUUGUGUGGUAAUAUAAGUUAUGAUAUUUUGCGAGAUCCUGUCAUCACUCCAAGUGGUAUAACGUAUGACCGUAAAGAUCUAGAAGAACACUUAAUGAAAGUUGGACAUUUUGAUCCAGUUUCACGCCAGCAUUUAACUGUUGAUCAACUCAUUCCAAAUUUGGCUUUAAAAGAAGCAGUUGAAGCAUUUGUAAUGGAAAAUGAAUGGGUAAAUUAUUAUUGUACUUUGUAGUUUAAGCUUAUUAACAUUUUUAUUAAAUACUUAAUCUUAAUAACUUCUUAAUCUUUCAAAUAGUUAUCAAUAGUAAUUUCCUGUAUUAAAAUAUAUAUACUAUUUGUGGUUAUUAUUAUUCUCUUAUAUUUCAAAACAUAAAAAAAAAAAUUGAUUGUUCUACUUAUUUGUAACAAUUUAUAAAUAAUAAUACGGUAUUAUAUUUUAAAUAAUUAAUGCACAUUUAUUAAAAUUAUAAUACCAUAUUUUAAUUUUUUGUGUGUAAAAUAAAACAUUUGUCAAGUAUUAAAUUCAAUUGUGUAAUAUGGACAUCAAUUAUAUAAGGACUUAUCAAGAAAUGGUACUAUUUCCAUUUAAAAUCUUUUUUCGAAUAACAAUAAGUUAAAAGUUUUAAAUCUGGAUGUGGUUUAUAUCUACUUUAUUAUUGUAUCAUGAUACAAAAGUAACAGCUAAUAAAAUGUAUGUUUCAUGUGUUAAAAUUAAUAUUUUAAAAUACCUAUCAAUUUUUAGAUUAGGCAUAACAAUUUGAAUUGAUUUAUAUUUUUACAGAAUUUUUUUUUUUUUUUUUAAGUCAGUAUUUUAAAAUUAAAAUAUGUACGAUUAAUAUAUUUUUUGUUUGACUGUAUAAUAUUCAAUCUAUGUAUUCAUAUUAUUACUUUAUUUUAUUAAUAUAUUUUAAUUGUAAGUAAAUUUGUACUCUUCUCGUUUACUACAGUGGAUUCCGCUUAAUGUAGACACGUUGGGACUAGCCUUGUUUGCAGUUGUCCAUAAAAAUCGAAAUUAAUUCAAGAACAAAAAUUUUUUAACAUCAAUUAAAGUUUUUAUUUUGCACAUGUGAACCAUAGAUUUAAAACAAUUUAAAAUUACUACAUAAAUAAAACAAAAUAUAACAUACAAAAUAAAAUUACUAUUUUGAGGUGGAAGGCGAAUAAAACAUUAAGGUUUAAACAGUUAUAUUACUUUUGAUAAACACUAUCUCAUAGAUCUGACAAAACCUAAUUAUAUUGGUCGUUUUUUUAAUACAUAUUAUGUGUAAAUUCUAACUCUAUGAUAAAACUAAAAUUGCCUACAUAGACCGAAUUGAGUGCCCAUAUUAUGCAGUUUUUUUUUAAUAUUAGUUUAAUUUCGCCCAAAUUAACCGGUGCCCACAUUAGGCGAAAUCCACUGUAUUUAGUAAACUACUUAAUUUUAAUAUUUUAUGUUAUGUUUUAAUAUAAUAUCUAUGUAUCUACUUAUCAAUAUCACGAGCAAACUGUAUGUUAAAUUUUCCAAAGGUCUUACUUCUUACAUUUUUUAUUGUACCUUCUAGUUUAAAAUGUGAUUUUUUUUUAUUAUUAUUAUUUUAGUUUAUUACUUGUGCAUAUAUAGUAUUGGUUAAUAUGUUACUUUGGUCGUGCAUAUUAUCUAUAGGUUUAAUCAAGAGCAUGGAUUAAAAACUAUUGUGAUAAUAUGAAAUGUGUUUAAAACAUUCAUUUACCUUUAUUUUUUAUUAACUUAAAAGUUAAUCUUAUAUUAUGUGUAUUGAUAUUUUGAAACUUUGAACAUAUAUUGUGUUAUAAAUAUAAACAGCUUUAAACAUGUUAAA